UCCCUUUAACUCAAACUUCAAAGCUCAGAAUUCCAAUCAUACAUUCGACUUUCACAACCAGAUCAUUCUAGCCAUCCAAAAAUUUGCAGCUGCAGUCAAUGGCUUCAAGUGGGAUUCGCAUGGGUCUAGUCCUGGUCCUUGUGGCCAUAACUUGUGGUGGAGCAAUGGCUCAAUCAAGCUGCACUAAUACUCUCAUGAGCCUGGCUCCGUGCCUGAACUACAUCACAGGAAAUUCAUCAAGUCCAUCAUCCUCAUGCUGCUCACAGCUAGGAAAUGUUGUCCAAACAUCACCACUAUGCCUUUGUUCACUACUCAAUAAUAGUGGUGCCUCAUUAGGUAUCCCCAUAAACCGGACUCUUGCUCUGAAUCUCCCUGGCGCUUGUAAGGUGCAAACCCCAUCGAUCAACCAGUGCAAAGUUGCCACUGCACCCACAGCUUCAGCAACUCCACCUGUAAGCUCACCAGCCAGUUCGCCAGCAGAUUCGUCUACUCAAACACCCGAACCAGAUAUUAUUCCAUCAGCGUCAGACAUUCCUUCAGCUUCAGGAACUGGAAGUGGCUCUAAAACUAUCCCAUCAUCAACCGGAACGUCUGACGGAAGUAUUGUCAAAGCACCCCUUCAGUUUGUGCUCUCCGUUCUCUUUGUGGCAUGGUGUGGUUCAACUGUUACCAAAUUCUGAGUCCAAAAGGUGGUUUUUGGAAUUGCACUUUGGAAUUUUUCAGAGUGAUUUGUAGCCUGUUGUAUCAUUGAUUAUGAUUACCUGAUCCUAUUUUUAUUUUAUUUUUUACUAUACUGUUAAGGGUGAUUCUUGUUGCACUUGUACAGUGUGAUUGUAUUUUUUGUUCGAUUUGCUUAAUGAAGAAUGAAAACCAUAUUGGUUCCUUCAAGGAAAAA